GUUUUACUUUACGACAUAACCGGAACCUUAUGACUGUAUAGAGUCCAACGUCAGAGUGAUGAUAUAAGACGAAAAUGAACCGCGAGCAAUUUAGGGAAUAUCAAUUUUAACCAAACGUUAUAGCGAACAACCCAACUAGUCCAACAUUUAAGCAAAUAAGUCAUGGCUACCGCAAAAGGUGAAGAUUCAUCAAUCAAACUCUCAGGAGAUGACUUGCCUACAUCAACGAAACCAGGAAAGAAACAUCUUAUGAUUGCCGCAAUUGACCUUGGCACUACAUUCACUGGCUAUGCAUUUUCCAUGACGGAACCUCUUGAGGAUCCAAUCAACUGCAGCCUUUUUGAGACAGAGGGCUUGAGAAGUGAAAAGGGUCCCACAUGCGUUUUGCUUAAUCCAGAUGAAACCUUUAACGCGUUUGGAUACGAAGCACAAAAGAAUUAUGAAGAAUUGGGUGAUACUAAAACCGACGGAUAUUACUUCUUCGAGCGCUUCAAAAUGAGCCUCUACAAAACGAAGAAACUUUCUCGUGAAACGAAGAUUAAAGACCUUAACGGGAAAGAGCUCCUAGCAAUAGAUGUUUUCUCAAAAGUGAUUAGUCACCUUUCAGAAGAUUUUUACGAAAAGCUGAGUAAACAAAAGACGGGAAUUUCUUCAGACGAUGUUUUGUGGCUCAUUACAGUUCCGGCAAUCUGGUCAGACGCGGCUAAGCAGUUCAUGCGAGAAGCAGCAAACAAGGCUGAAAUUAAAGACGAAGACCUAAAACUUAUUUUGGAGCCAGAGGCUGCGUCUCUUUUCUGCAACAUGCAAAAAUCAUGUAAAAUUGUGAAGGUUGACGACACAGUUGCACUGGAACCAUUUCCUGUUGGACAAAAAUAUAUUGUUGCUGAUUUAGGCGGGGGAACGGCUGAUUUAGCAGUACAUGAAAUUCUAGAGGACCACAAUUUGAGAGAGAUCGCAAGGUCAGACGGCGACGCAUACGGAGGGAUUUUGGUGGACGAGGCGUUUCAAGAAUUUAUUUCUGAUUUUUUUGGACGGAACGUUGUUCAGCGCUUACUUGAAACGCAAACAGACGCGUAUAUGGAAAUUCUGAAAUCCUUUGAAGUAAAAAAGCGAGCAUUCCGAAGCGACACACUAUCGAUUAUUCUCAACAUGCCUUAUGUGGCAUUCAGAGAUGCAAUCGAAGCUUGCGAGGUUUCUUAUGACGAUGCAAUUCGUGAGGCCAAUGCAAAGUGCACAGGAAAGGCUGAAUAUAUGCGGGAUGGUAAGUUUAAAAUUACCGCUGAAAUCAUGAAAGGAUUUUUUAAUAAGGCAGUUGAUGGUAUUGUCAAAUUCAUCCAACAGAUGCGCUCAAACGAUGAGCUUGGCAUGAUCAACACCGUUUUGAUGGUCGGUGGAUUUUCGGAAUCGAAAUACGUCCAAGAACGCAUUGAAAAUGAUAUACCUGGAGUAAGGCUCGUCAUUCCUACCGAUCCUUCACUGGCUGUUUUGAAAGGUGCAGUUUUGUUUGGCAAACAUCCACAAGCAAUAACGGAAAGAAUAGCACGGUUCUCCUAUGGGUUUUCCAUUGCUAGACCUUUCGAGGAAGGUAUCGACCCAGAAGAGCUAAAAGUAACACAGAAUGGAAUGGUCUUAUGCAAUGAGGUUUUUAACAAAUUAAUUACUAGAGGUGGAAUUUUGAAGAAAAGACAGUUGUAUUUCGGCGUUGUAAGGUAUAAUGUUAAUACCGAUACCCCUUUGACCGUAUUGUUAUCAUCACUGCUUCCAAUUGAGUCACAAGUUUACAAAUCAACAAAAGUGGAUCCAAAGUAUACCACCGCAGAAGAAGAGUGUGAGGAAUUAGGAAAAUUGACAAUACAUCCACCACCUACACGUUGGCCUUUUGACAGCGAAAUUCUUCAAGGAAUCAUCGUCUUUGAAAGUGAAUUGAAAGCCAUUGCAAUCAACGUUGAAACCAAGCAAAUAUAUCUGGCAAAUCUUGAUUGCCUUUGAAGUAGUCUACGACAGAAGUAUAAAUGGUGUGCAUUCGGACGGUUUUAGUUAAACGGUUUUAUGAAAAGUAAAAUUUUGUUAACAAGGCCGUAAAAAACUAUGACUGAAUUGUAGUCUAAAUCGAUAUAUGCAACUAGAAUCAAUUGAAAUAUGCGAAGCCAUGUUGACUGCCUAUUUUUAACAGGACAAACUUGAUGAAAUGGUGUUGAAAAUGUUCCGAAAAGCUAAUCAGUGAGUCGCCAAAAGUAACUUUUGAGAGCGAAUGAAAAAGAAAAGUUAACGAGAAAAGCAAAUGAUAUAAAUUUUGUAAUAAUUUUCAUAUGUACUAUUAACUUCUUUCAGUGUCCAGUCAUUGGCCGGUUACAAACAGGACAAACAUUUCACAUGAUGUAUAUGAACAGUCAAAAGAAUCAUAUGUACUGAUAACACCAAGUAAUAUUUCUUUAGCUUUAUUUCAGUUUUGUAUAUAAGUAGAUUUGUACACAUUUCAUUGCUAACCGCUUUGUUAAUAUUGUAUAUGUAUCUCUCCACCAAAUUAAACAUUUCAAAUAAGGUAUAUGCAGUCAAAUGUAUAUAUACUGAUAACACCAAGUUUUUUUUUCUGUUCCUUUAUUUCAGUUUUGUAUAUAAAUAGAUUUGUUCUAAUUUCAUUGUUACUUGCUUUGUUCAUUAUUAUUGUAAGUGUAUCCCUCCACCAAAUUAAAAUGGAAUAGAUAUGUUUUUUUGCGAUAAUAUCAAUAACCCGAUAUAUUCAAAUACGAAACAGAAGUGAUGCGUAUCGAAACGUGAGGGAAAGUCGUAUAGAUAUUUUCUUUAUAUUAUAUAAGAUGUGGUGCCUGAAACAUUUCAAUAGUUCCUUAUAGCUUUAUUUGUGUUAAAAAACCAAAAACAACAACAUGUAUACAGUUCAUGAUAACAAUUAAACUAUGGGUUAUGUAAACCUGGUAUCACACCUUGUAAUUUGAUCAAUUCACUCAUGUAGAUUGUUUAAGCAGAUUGUUCAUAAUUUGAUUAUAUAGUGCGUGUGGUAAUUAUUGAUCUAGUGUAUUCUUUAUUUAUAGAAUAUUUGCUUUUGUAAAUAAUGCAAUGAAAACUGUUUCUUAUAAAAGCUGGCUGUCAUUGAAUCAAUAUACAUUUAAAAGUACUUCUAGUUGCAACUACUCUUGUAUUGUUUGAAAUAAUACCGGUUAUUAUUUUUGUGUGAAAUCAAUAUCAAUGUUAAUGAAAUGUACAUGUAUUACCAUCUGUCAUAUAAAUAAAACAGUUGAUUUGA